AUGUCAUACCGGUUUUUAGAUAAUAUUAGUGCAUCAGAACUUUCUAUAAUAACAUUUCUUUAUAUUAUUAUUGUAUUUAUUAUUAUUUUACCACCAAGUGAACUUAUAUCAGCUGGACUUUCAAUAGAAAAUAUUUUUUCUUAUUUUCUUGCUGAAAAUGAAGAAAUAUCUUUUAUACGAUAUCAUAUAAAACGUAUAUCAAUUAAAUGUCUGGUUCAGAGUUUUCUUCCAUUGGGUUAUGUAUUUCUAUUACUCUAUUAUUGUGAUUGGUCAUUAGGUUUUAUUAAUGCUUGUAUUAAUCUCUUUACUCAAACGCCAACGAUAUUUCAAUUGAUUUUAUAUAGUUGUGUUCUUAUUCCCAUUAUAACAUCAUUAAUUGUUUUACGAUGGCAUCUAAAUGAUUGUUAUAUGCAUCCAAUUGUUCGACAAUUACGUUUAUUUAUUCAAACCAAUAAUCAACAACAAGAACAAACAUGGCAUACAGUUGAAUCAUCAAUAAAUACUGAAUUUCGUCGAUUUGAUAAAUUUACGUGUGGAACAGCAACAUCAAAUGUUCGAUGUUAUGUACUUGAUUCAUGGAUAUUAAAAUGUUCAAUGUAUCAUGUUAAUAUAGCACAACAAUCAAAUGUACGUGUCGAAUUAGUUGAUGCACAUGAUAUACAUUUACAAGAAACAAAUGAAGAAGUAUUAUUAUCUACGCAAUAUCUUAAUAUAGUCAUUAAAAGUUAUGAUUCAAGAAUACAACCAUUUUAUAUUAGAUUAAAAGCAAGUGAAUAUGAUGAUUUACGAGGUAAACUUCAAGCAAAUAUUGAAAAUGUCAAAAAUAUUGUUGUACGUCAAUCUCUAAGUGAUCUAUUUGUGGAAGAUUUUCGACAACAUGUUAUGCAAAAUCCAAAAUAUCGAUUACCACUAAAUCAACGAGAUUUGGAUACAUGUAUUGGUUGUUUACAAACGAAUGCUAAUGUUAAAUUAGUUAAAAAUUGUGAUGCACCAAACAAUGGUCGAUGUCAAACAUGUUUCUGUCGUCCAAUGUGGUGUCUUGAAUGUUUGGGUAAGUGGUUUGCUAGUAGACAAGAUCAAACAAGACCUGAUACAUGGCUUCAAUCAACAUGUCCAUGUCCAUCAUGUCGAUCGAUUUUUUGUAUACUUGAUAUUUCUUUAGUCGAAUUUUAA